UGCUGAGCUUCAAGAUAUAAAUGCAACUUCGGGUUCCCCCUUUCAAGACAAGACAAAUCAAAGGCUCAGAGGCAAAACAGCUCCCUGAGCUCUGAACGUCUUUCCCUCCCUCCUUCCUUCCUUCCUUCCCUCCCAUCCACUCACCCACUCUCCCUCCCUCCCCUGCUCACAGUCCAGCCUCUGUCUAGGGAAGAGGCUCUCAAGCAGCCUUAGAUGAUUAUGGAUUUUCUGAGCGAGAAGUUUGCCCUGAAGAGCCAGCCGAGCAAGAACAGUGACUUUUACAUGGGAGCAGGAGGCACUUUGGAGCACGUUAUGGAAACUUUGGACAAUGAGUCCUUUUAUAGCAAAACGUCAGGCAGCAAAUGUGUGCAGGCCUUCAACCCUCUGCAAAGGGCUGAGCAUCAUGUGAGGCUGGAAAGGACAUCACCCUGCCAGGACAACGUGAACUAUGGGAUUACUAAAGUGGAAGGACAGCCUCUUCACACAGAGCUGAACAGGCCCAUGGACAAUUGCAGCAAUCUCAGGAUGUCUCCAGUGAAAGGGAUGCAGGAGAAGGGGGAACUGGAUGAACUUGGUGAUAAGUGUGACAGCAACGUCUCCAGCAGUAAGAAGAGGAGACACAGAACAACUUUCACCAGUUUGCAGCUGGAGGAGCUGGAGAAAGUGUUCCAGAAAACUCACUACCCUGAUGUCUAUGUAAGAGAACAGCUAGCUCUGAGAACAGAGCUCACUGAGGCCAGAGUCCAGGUUUGGUUCCAGAAUCGAAGAGCAAAAUGGAGGAAAAGAGAACGCUAUGGUCAGAUCCAGCAAGCUAAAAGUCAUUUUGCUGCCACUUACGAUAUAUCUGUUCUUCCAAGGACUGACAGCUACCCUCAGAUUCAGAACAAUCUGUGGGCAGGGAAUGCGGCUAGUGGUUCUGUGGUUACUUCCUGCAUGCUGCCACGAGAUACGUCCUCCUGUAUGACACCUUAUUCCCAUUCACCUCGGGCAGAUUCUGGCUACACAGGCUUUUCAAACCACCAGAAUCAGUUCAGCCACAUGCCUCUCAACAAUUUUUUCACUGACUCUUUACUUUCUGGGGCAACCAAUGGACAUGCUUUUGAAACCAAACCGGAGUUUGAAAGGAGGUCCUCCAGCAUUGCAGUUCUACGGAUGAAAGCCAAAGAGCAUGCUGCCAAUAUUUCUUGGGCCAUGUAAUACAGCAGUACCCUUUCUUAAUUUCCUUUUUUUUUUUUUUACUAAUAGCAAACUGAAAACAUUUUUAUUUUCCAUAUUUAAAGGACACAACAAUAAGCUGCAGUGAGUGGAAUGCUAGAAAUCAUAAUAUACAUGAUGUCUGCUUAAACAAAUGCAAUAUAAUAUUUAACAAUAAAACAAGAAUUAAACCAAAUAGAUUUACCAUGCAUCAAGAUC